UUAUCUAUGGAGGAUCUGGAUCCAGAGGACCAGUUUCUGCGUCAUGCCAGGAAUGGGGAUCUUCCAGGCAUCCAGAAGCUUCUCAUGUCCAAGAUUAAAGAAGAAGCCAACAUCAACAUCAACUGCAAAGGUACAGUUGAAGUCGGAAGUUUACAUACACUUAGGUUGGAGUCAUUUAAAACUUGUUUUUCAACCACUCCACAAAUUUCUUGUUAACAAACCAUAGUUUUGGCAAGUCGGUUAGGACAUCUACUUUGUGCAUGACACAAGUAAUUUUUCCAACAAUUGUUUACAGACAGAUGAUUUCACUUAUAAUUUACUGUAUCACAAUUCCAGUGGGUCAGAAGUUUACAUACACUAAGUUGACUAUGCCUUUAAACAGCUUGGACAAUUCCAGAAAAUGAUGUCAUGGCUUUAGAAGCUUCUGAUAGGCUAAUUGACAUAAUUUGAGUCAAUUGGAAGUGUACCUUUGGAUGUAUUUCAAGGCCUACAUUCAAACUCAGUGCCUCUUUGCUUGACAUCAUGGGAAAAUCAAAAGAAAUCAGCCAAGACCUCAGAAAAAAAAUUGUAGACCUCCACAAGUCUGGUUCAUCCUUGGGAGCAAUUUCCAAACGCCUGAAGGUACCACGUUCAUCUGUACAAACACACACACAGGCCUACAAACCUGACUCAGUUACACCAGCUCUGUCAGGAGGAAUGGGCCAAAAUUCACCCAACUUAUUGUGGGAAGCUUGUGGAAGGCUACCUGAAGCGUUUGACCCAAGUUAAACAAUUUAAAGGCAAUACUACCAAAUACUAAUUGAGUGUAUGUAAACUUCUGACCCACUGGGAAUGUGAUGAAAUAAAUAAAAGCUGAAAUAAAUAAUUGUCUCUACUAUUAUUCUGACAUUUCACAUUCUUAAAAUAAAGUGGUGAUCCUAACUGACCUAAGAGGGAAUUUUUACUAGGAUUAAAUGUCAGGAAUUGUGAAAAACUGAGUUUAAAUGUAUUUGGCUAAGGUGUAUGUAAACUUCCGACUUCAACUGGAAGUAGUUGCUUGCUGCUGGUCAGUUAUUUGAAUGAGCAAAGCUCUUCAUUAGUAUACUACAGUAUUGAGGAAUUUGAGUGUGUCUAAUCUAUUUCGAUUGUUGGUCUAGAAAAAUGGUUUAGCUAACUUUAAGCCCAGGGGCAUAAUCCUGCAGGAUGGUUGCAGUAACUGUUCUCUAUCUACACAUAGGAAUGCUUUGCAGAAAUGUGAGUGUGUCUAAUCUGUCCUCAGGUAAGAGUAAGUCUAACCUGGGAUGGACGCCUCUUCACCUGGCCUGUUACUUUGGACACAGAGCUGUGGUGGAGGAAUUACUCAAGGUACUGUAAGAAGCGUCUUUAUUUUUAAUAAGGAGAUGGAUGAUUGUUUAAACAAUUUUUUUUGCAGAAUUAAUGCAUGUGUGUUGAAUAUUCCCUGCAGGCCGGAGCGGAUGUUAAUUUGCCCAAUAAUGUGGGAGACACACCACUGCACAAAGCUGCCUUCACCGGAAGAAAGGUACCAAACUGUAAAAAAAUACAAAUUACGUCUGUCUUUAUUUGAGUUUAUUCUUAAUUUUAUAUGCAUGUUUGACUUGUUGAUAUUGAUUGUUUAGUGUUCCUGCAUGCAUGCAUUUAUUCAUUCACUCAUUCAAUCAACCAUUCACUAAAUCAUGCAUUGUUCAGGAGGUUGUCAUGUUGCUGUUACGCUAUGAUGCAUGUGCCACUGUCAUCAAUGGAACAGCACAGAUUCCUAAAGAUGUCACUCAGAAUGGGGAGAUCAAAAGCAUGCUGGAAGGUAAGUGAAUGUCCUUAACAUAUUAAUAACUGUGUAAUAUGUCCACAACAUAUUCAGAAUAGUUUAACAACUUAUUUUAUGUUGGCCAAAAAGAAGCACCUGAAUCAGUGUUUGUAAAAAUGUUUGUUACAAAUCUUUGAGUCGAUAAUGGCAUGAAUUAUUUCUCAAUCCAUUCAGCGGCAGAGAGGACAGAGGAGAGGAAACUAGAAGAAGAGCUUUUGGAGGCAGCGAGAGAGGGAGACCUUUCUACCCUGUCACAGCUGGUGAGCGCUUGACUCAGGUUCAAUACAAAGUUUGGGUUCACACAAUAUCUGUUACUUUACCCAUUUCAAAAUAAAAACUUUUCUCUCAGUGUAUGAUAAGAAACAUAUCCUUCAGGGUUUUGUCUUUUUACCCAACAGGCUCUUUUUGUCACUCUUGUUUUAGCUUAACAGGAAAAAGCCUCCAGACAUGAACUGCUGUGAUCUCUUGGGUAACACCCCACUGCACUGCGCUGCCUACCGUGGUCAGAAGCUAUGUGCCCUGAAACUGCUAAAGAAGGGUGCUAGCCCCAACAUCAAGAACAAGAAGGGUAAAGAUGGGCUCAGUCAGUGAAUGAAAGGGUGCAUAUGAGAUGGGUUGCUUAGAAGUUUCAAGUUUGUUUUAACAUCAGUGCCAGUUUUCUGUAUAAUUAUUCCUUUUCUCUGACUGGUGCACAGAUCAGACUGUGUUUGACCUCGCCAACAACACAGAGAUAAAGCAGAUCCUGGAAGGCAAUGUUCAUAAAGUGAGUGCUAAAGUGAUUUGUUAUGUACAAAAAUUAUUGAAGUCUUACUUGACCGCACAUGAUGUUGUUGGAGAAAUCAUUUGUAAUGGUUGCUGUCUCUAAACUGUGUCUCAAAGGGUAUGACUCACCAUGUCCAGAUGUUUGAAGGAGCCCUUUGGAAGGUACAGAUGUUUACAGAUGAUUCCACUAUUUCCACUGUCAUGUUGUCAACAGUGAAAAGCUUAUUAUCACUUGCUAACAUUUUCAUGUAUGUGACUGAUGACGUAUAAACACAAACUCUUCCUGUCCUGAACCUUCUGUCAGAGUUCCCGGUUUUUAGGCUGGCGUUCCUACUGGGUGGUCCUCCAAGAUGGGGUUCUGUCCUGGUACUCUAAACAGUAGGUGCUCUCUCUUCUUCUUUAGACACAAGCUUGGUCAUUUUAACCUCUUCCUGAAGUUCUAUGAUUGGUACAAUAGUUUCAACAGCAGAUGUGAAUCUUAAGUUAGAUUCAACUGCUAAAGGACACCCUUGACCCAUACUAGAUUCUUACACCUAUUCUCUCUCUCUCUGCCUGCUAAGGUUGGAUGCAGCUGCCAAUGUCCGAAGACAAGGCUGUAAGCCCCUGACCCAAGCCCACUGUUUGGUAGGCCAUGAUUGUUUGUUCUCUCAUCAGAUUUAACAUGGUGACAGUAUUUACUGGAAUAUUAGGGUAGAAUAUGACAUUGUGUUUUACUAUUUUCUUUUUCAGAUCAAAGCCAGAGACCACUGCUUUUUCACCCUCAAGUGCUUCGAUGACAGUGUGCAUCAUUUCAAAGUGUCCCCCAAGAAUGACCCUGAGGCAACAAGAAAAGUGAGAUUUGGUUUGUUUUACAGAAAUAUUACUGUACAGUGCAAUCGGAAAGUAUUCCGACCCCUUUACUUUUUCCACAUUUUGUUACAUUACAGCCUUAUUCUAAAAUGGAUUACAGCCUUUAUUACGCUACAAGCUUCGCACACCUGUAUUUGGGGAGUUUCUCCCAUUCUUCUCUGGAGAUCCUCUCAAGCUCUGUCAGGUUGGAUGGGGAGCGUCACUGCACAGCUAUUUUCAAGUCCGGGCUCUAGCUGGGCCACUCAAGGACAUUCAGAGACUUGUCCCGAAUCCACUCCUGUGUUGUCUUGGCUGUGUGCUUAGGGUUGUUGUCCUGUUGGAAGGUGAACCUUCGCCCCAGUCUGAGGUCCUGAGAGCUCUGGAGCAGGUUUUCAUCAAGGAUCUCUCUACACUUUGCUCUGUUCAUCUUUCCCUCGAUCCUGACUAGUCUCCCAGUCCCUGCCGCUGAAAAACAUCCCCACAGCAUGAUGCUGCCACCACCAUGCUUCAUCGUAGGGAUGGUGGCAGGUUUCCUCCAGACGUGAUGCUUGGCCAAAGAGUUCAAUCUUGGUUUCAUCAGACCAGAGAAUCUUGUUUCUCGUGGUCUGAGUCCUUUAGGUGCCUUUUGGAAAACUCCAAGCGGGCUGUCAUGUGCCUUUUACUGAGGAGUGGCUUCCGUCUGGCCACUCUACCCUAAAGGCCUAAUUGGUGGAGUGCUGCAGAGAUGGUUGUCCUUCUGGAAGAUUGGGUUCUUGGUCACCUCCCUGACCAAGGCCCUUCUCCCCCGAUUGCUCAGUUUGGCCAGGCGGCCAGCUCUAGGAAGAAUCUUGGUGGUUCCAAACUUCUUCAAUUUAAGAAUGAUUGAGGCCACUGUGUUCUUGGGGACCUUCAAUGCUGCAGAAUUAUUUUGGUACCCUUCCCCAGAUCUGUGCCUCGACACAAUCCUGUCUCUGAGCUCUAAGGACAAUUCCUUCGACCUCAAGGCUUGGUUUUUGCUCUGACAUGCACUGUCAACUGCGAGACCUUAUAUAGACAGAUGUGUGCCUUUUCAAAUCAUGUCCAAUCAAUUGAGUUUACCACAGGUGGACUCUAAUCAAGUUGUAUAAACAGCUCAAGGAUAAUCAAUGGAAACAGGAUGCACCUGAGCUCAAUUUCGAGUCUCAUAGCAAAGGGUCUGAAUACUUAUGUAAAUAAGGUAUUUUUAUAAAUGUGCAAAAAAAAAAAAACUGUUUUCACUUUGUCAUGAUGGGGUAUUGUGUGUAGAUUGAAGAGGAAAACAUUUUAAUUUAAUCCAUUUUAGAAUAAGGCUGUAACGUAACAACAUUUGGAAAAGGGGAAGGGGUCUGAAUACUUUCCGAAUGCACUGUAUAUUAUCCAUACUGCUUUUCAUUGCUUCUGUUUUUGUUCUAUAGCUUUCGUAAGCUAAGGAACAUCUUUUUUUUGUUUGAACAAAAGCAUGUAUUUUUUCUGUUAGAAAAAAACAGCCUACAUUUGAACAAACCUACAAACACUCUGAUACACUCGCAGACAACAAAUUACACUAUUCUCAUAACCUAUUUUUCCUCCUGUCAUGUGAGAGCCCAAUUUAUUAGCCUAAGAGCAGAAUAUGAAGCAGCACAGUACACUUAAAUCCAUCGUGCAGCUCAGAUGAGUGCAUGUUUGUUCUGUCCUACAGAGGUGGAUGGAUGCUAUGGAGGAACACUCUGCCUACAGCACACACUACUGCUCUCAGGAUCAGGGCAGCGAGGAGGACGAGGAAGAAGUGUUGAGUGUGGGAGAGCUGGCGGAAUCACUACAGGUGACAUGCCAGUCUACAACCUGUUUAUCUGACUGUUGCUAUUUCUCUCUUGAGGUCUCUCCUCACCUCUCUCAUGGUGAAAAUGUAAAUUCUCCUUCUGCAAUAGAUUUGUGUAUUAUUCUCUCAAAUAUUUUUUUUUACAUGUAAUGAGGAAGCUAAAGAUCCUUAAAAUUCACAGUAAACCCUAACGUACCUGUAGACUUCCAGUUAUUGCGCUAGCGCUAGUUAGCACUGGCUCGUGAAACUACCUCUAACUUCCUUCAUACUGCAUGCAGAGACAUACAAAUGUUGCAGUAUGUCUUUAAGUAUGGUGGUCAUGUGUUUCCCCUCUUUCUUCUUUCGCCUCCUCCCUGGCAGUCAGCUGAAGCUUGUCACCUGAAGCUGGAGAAGGAGGUUGGAGCAUUCCUCUCCUUGGUGAAGGAAUACGGACUUGCAGAGCGUAAAGCAUUUUCUUUCAUAGGAACUCCAUUUCCACAGACAUGUAGUACAAUACCCUCAUUCAUAGCAUAAAUGUCAAAUGUAAUUGCACUUUUUAGUGUAUUUCACUUACAAUAGAAGCUUGUGCCUAAACCAAUUGACCCAUCUUCAGGGUAAGACUAGGAUGCAGCGAUAGCCCUUUAAAUGUAUUCUGAAUUCAGCCGACCAGGCUUUAGUGGUAAAUUUGAUGUUACCGUUACAAACUCUAUUUGACUGUUCUCUCAGAACACCACUACAAUGUCCUGUGGUCUUGUUUGUCCCCUCAGAGCUGCCACCCGCGAUGCUGCAGAAGAUGAGGGAGGUGUGUGAGCUGUCCAGUGAGACCUACUCUAAUCUCAACCACUGCCUCAGCCUCUUCUCCAGACAGGAUGGGGUACGUCACUUCACUUCUGUGUCAACUAACUUCAUUGCUCUGCCAAUAGACUUAGUUUUUACUACCGAUAAGCGCUCACAAAGUCACUUGAUUACAGAGGGUACACUGUGAGGAGAAAGAUUCAGCAGUAUUCCACAUACACGCAGCCUCACAAAAACGCAGUGUCCCAAUUCCCAGUGCUCUGAGAGUAGAAUCUUUGGUAUACACACAUUUGAGUUGCACAGAGAGAAUCAAGCUGAGUUCCAGUACAUAACUGAGCUGAGCUCCAGAAUAGGGAUGGACAACAUUACACUAGCUAAACAUCCAGGAGAGAUAACGUAGAGAAUAGAUAAAGAUGUUAUUUUUUCUGCAUUACGUCUAAGUCUUGGCUGGUUAUGUACAGUAAUUGUUUAUGUGCAAUUGAAUUGGCUUUUUAGUAAGAGCUUAUUUGCAUUAUUUUACUAUUCUCAUCCUAACCUAAGAUUGUGUGGCAAAGGAGAAAUGAGCAUCCGGGUGUAGGCCUAAUUAAUGUUUGAUCUGGCAGAUGGAUUGCUACGGCUAUGACAGAUUAAAUGAAGUAUUCAUCUAGAUUAUCAACCAUACAGUGCAGGAUGUCACAGCUGUCAGGGGCCAACCACUGUUACCACUUUACAGAGUGUCCCAUGGCUUCCCAGAUUAUAUUACUGUGGUGCUAAUGUCUAUUUCAGCUCAGGAUGUGUUGUAUUAUAGGUCUCAACAAUCACAUAAGUAUAAGUGACUGAGCAAUGCAUUGGAACUAUAAUCAUUAUUUUGACUUUUGGCUCCUACAUUUGAGUUGAACUUGUAAUAUUUGAGCUGUCAAAGAGAGCAGUCUCUCCGGCUUCUAUCACAGGGUCAUGUGGUGAAUGUGUUCAAACAGCAAUGAUGAGCAGUGAGGCAGAAGAAGUCAUUGCUCCAGCCUCAUUCCAUAACAGUGGCUUCGAGAUGGGCUCUACAGCCUAGCAGUGCUAGCUAGCUUCCCCUUGAGAUGGGCACUACAGCCUAGCAGUGCUAGCUAGCUUCCCCUUGAGAUGGGCUCUACAGCCUAGCAGUGCUAGCUAGCUUCCCCUUGAGAUGGGCUCUACAGCCUAACAGUGUUAGCUAGCUUCCCCUUGAGAUUGGCUCUACAGCCUAGCAGUGCUAGCUAGCUGGCCCUUGAGUGGAGGAGGCUGUGGAGCCACUGUACAGUAUAAAACUGACCAGCUGUCAUGACCUUGGUAGGUGUUGCUCUCCCAUACAAUGGUGUACAUGGACCUGAGGGUGAACUAUUAAUGAGGCACAAUUUUAUAUACUAAUGUGUCCACAUGCAUUUACAUCAUACUGUACAUUAUAUCUGUUUGUAUGAGGUGGAAAUGCCUAGAUGUAAGUGUAGUGUUUAUGUUUGCUCAAUAGUCCAGAUAUGUUGAGAUUACAGAGAGGGGGAGAGAACUUGAGUCUAAUGAUGUGGUAGAGUGAAGAGGAGUGUCACUCAUUUCUACAUGUGGUCAUGUGUCAUCAUUUUUUACAUUUGACCUUUUAAUCAUUUAGUAGACGCUCUUAUCCAGAGCGACUUAGUUAGUGAGUGCAUACAUUUUCAUCACUGCCAGAUAGUGAAGGAAAGAGAGAUGCAGCACAGAGAUCACUAAUAAUUUGAGUGGAGACGGAGCAUGUCUGUGACUAGAACUACUUCAUAGAGGAUAAGAGCGUCUGCUAAAGGACUAAAAUGUCAAUCUAAUUGAGUGCUUUGUGGAGGAUUGAACUCACUCUGGUGGAUAGUGACUGUCUGAUAGUGAUUCUCUACAGAACUACAUCCGCCAUUGCUCAGAGUCACUCUCCAGCUCAAACUACUGGGACGGCAACUGUUCCUACUGCUGCUAGGUGCUACUACAGUACCAUCAUCUGCUGAUUUAUAACACAGCAUCUCCUGAUGGGUGAUUCUGUUACUGCUGUCGUUGCUGCUGGCUCCUCAACAGUGCACUGUUCUGUGAGCACACAGACGAAUGCCAGUAAUCCCACUGAAGGCCUAUCCUAUGGGAGAAAGUAUUUACCAGCAAAGCAAAUGGAGGAGGCUACAUUUAUUGUGAGUUUAUUUGCGACUUGGGUUCAGUGAGCUUUGCUGUGAUUGUGUAAGUGUGUUAUUGUAGUUGGUUCCUGGUUUGAAGUGUGACUGUCUCACUGCUACUGCAUCUUGUGGUUGUAGAUGUUGUUUAAGUAUGAUAACAAUGAUGAUACUGCCAUAUAUAUAUAUAUAUAUAUAUAUAUAUCUCUUUACAUGUGAUUGGGAAUCAGUGAUGUUAUUACAGUGUUACAGAGACUAACGAUGACAAUAGCUGUUGGACAGACAUUUUACAUUGUUGAUGAAUCUGUAGUUUUAUUACUUCAGCUUGGAUUUUCUCUCCAUUUAUUGGUGAAUCCUCAUCAACGUGAGGGAUAAUAAUAACAUCAGCUCCCUGGUUAUCAUAUGAUGUUGGAUAUGCUAUUUAUAAUUAUACUGAAGUUGCACAGGAUGGGACUCUGAUUAUUGCAUAAUCUCUCGUUAUAAAACAGUUGAGCAGAUUGGUCCUAAAGUAGUUACUGCCUGUGUUGUUACUGUUAAUUAAUCCAUUACAUUCAGGCUGUUAGUUAUUGACUUUGAAUGAGAUGUUUCAGUGGAUCUUAGUGGAGGCCUAGACAGACUUCUACCAAGUCCUCAGAGACAUCUUGCUGUUUGUUUAUAUGCUACCUUAUGUCAUCUGUAAGUAGGGCGGUCCAAUUACAAUGCAAGUCUGCUUCCACUCCCAUCAAUUCCCAGCCUUGGUUACAGUUGAGCUGUACUGUAGUUCAUUGUGGUGUAUAUACCUUCACGACCCUCACGAGUUGCCCUCACCUGAAACACUCUCCUUGCUGUCUCUUGAAAGUGAAUGCACUUUUUGGGCUCAUAUGUCUGGCUUUAUGCAGAGAAGUACCAGCUAAGCCACAAUGUUUCAAUGGAUCCAAGGAAUGCAGUUUUUGAAAGGAGAAGGUGUGUGGUCAUGAGAUAUAUUUUAGGUAUAAACCUUUUUUGGAACGUAAAUAAUAACAAAGUCAUUUAAAACGCGCGUCCCCACCCUACAUCCGGCUAGCUAGCUCCCCUAGAGAACGCAACAUGUCAAAUGCAUGUUACAAGCAGAAAAGUAAACAAAGUCUACUUAUAAAGACGGAAAAGUGGCAUUACAUGUAGCCUAGUCAGUGUAUGGAGAAGUCGGAGGCGGAGCUAGCCAGACAGACACUUCAGAGGACGUGGGGUACUAGGCCUGGAUAGUGGCGAGAUGUUAUAGCCCUGUCAGUGUCCAGAUUGCGUUUAGUAUUCCAUUUAACCCAUCUUAAGUUCAAAGGUAUAAUUUUAGCUCUCAUUUCGGCGCUCUCAACAAAGUAACAAAGUAAACGUUAUAAUGCGAAUUAUAUUAGUCUCACAAUAUCACAAUAUUUCGCAAACAAGUAAUUCACAAUAAUACUCAGUCAUAGUAAUAGAGACAGUCUUUCACAGUAUCAAAUGUUGAAGUAGGCAUAGUAAUAAACAGUUUAUUUGUUCUGAAGAUACAGAAUAGUUUACAUACAUACAGUAAUGGCAGUGUAGUACAAUACAAGGAAUACUUGUACAGUGCUGCAAUAGAGGCAACAUCAGUGUGGGUGUAGAGAUCUUGAGUCAUCUUGUGACAAGAACAGAAUAUAUACUUUAUUGUCCAUUGGUUAGAACUGAAAUGUGUCUUCUGCUUUUCCCAACACCUUGCAGUGCAGCACCCCUAGGUGGUGAGCAAUUGUGGGGGGGGUUAAGUGCCUUGCUCAAGGGCACAAUGGCAGGAGAUGGUACAUGGGAGCCUUCCAGCUGCCAGUUCAAUUCCAUACCCAUUUUUUUGUCAUCUUGGGCUUGCUCCAUUGUAGUCAUGGCACCACACUUAAUCAUUGCUCCUGUAGUAGCCUAGCCCUAGAGCAGUGUUUCCUGAUCCUGGUCCUGGGGACCCAAAGGGGUGCACAUUUUUGUUUUUGCCUUAGUACUACACAUCUGUUUUAAAAUAAUCAAUGCUAGAGAUGUUGAUCAUUUGAAUCGGCUGUGUAGUGUUAAGCCAAAAAUAAGAAUGUGCACACCUUUGGGUCCCCAGGACCAGGAUUGAGAAACAGAGGUUGGAGAGGCAGACCAGCAGCUGGAAGGUUGCUGGUUUAAGCACCGGGCCGGGCAACACAAACAUGGGAAUGGAACUGAACUGUAGUAGUAGACACAUUAGGCUUAUGAUUGUGGGCUGGCAUUUCGAUAUAUCUAGCUAGCUAGCUACCGUGCCUAACGUUAAGCCUAAUAAUAUAAAAUAAUGUAGCCAAGUCCUCUACGUUUAGUUAGUUAGUUAGCUAGCACAAGGUCCAUUGCAGGGUUAACUUGACAAGCUUUGAGGGUGAAAGGCUAUAGCUAUAUCACGGUUGUUUGCACAGAGCGCAGCUAUGGUAGCUUAGCAACAAUACAUGGAUGUAGCUAUUAUUGUGUCUCACAGCGUUAGCUAGUCAAGAGCUAGAACUAGCUAGAGAUGUUACAGCAACCCACAAUCACAUUUAUUUUCCUGUUGCACAAAGUAAUUUUUGGGUGGCAUAGACAGCUUUUAACAGAAUAGACAGCUUUUGCUAGGCCUUCAGACACUUAUUCGAAAACAGAUAGCUAGCUGGCUAGCAGAUUAACUAAUCAAAUAACAGUGAAAUGUAGCCAGACCUUCAUAGCAGUGAUCCACGCACAUUAUCCUGUUUCAACUAACCCCAGAAACACCGCACUCGACCCUUAUACCUCAGCGUUCGCUACCUCUUAUAGCGAAAGCAAGCUAGCUAACUAAAACUGUACACAGGUCGGAGUGCAAAUUACACAUUUGGGACACAGAAAAGGGGAGAGAGGAAGGGGAGCUAGCUGCAACAUGUUGACGGCUCUCACUACAAUAAUAAAAAAAACAACGUAUGCCACGCAACAGGAAGUGGUCAGGGGCCAAGAUUCAACAAUCCACAGUUCUAUAUAUUGUUUUACAAAAAAAAUCUAUUUUUAUAUACUGUAUUUCCACAGAAGAUAGUAGCUAGUAUGUCGAAUUGGCCAUUUCCUUGCCUAUUGUGGUCAUCUGAUCUCCUUUGUUCCAUGAGGAUCAUGUUCUCUGGAUGGCCAUUUGAGAUGUCAGGUUUAAGGCACUACAGCCAAACAUGUCUUGUUCCUCUCAGCACUGCUUCACUCUGGCCCUGUGAUGUCUGUCUGCUGAUCUGAGCACAGUAAAGAGAGUGGUCAGUCAGUAUGCUAAUCUUGUAGUCUACCGACCUACACAACAUAGGUCCUCACAGCUGUACAGAGAGCUCUGCUGAUAUCUAUACUCUAUUCACUGUAUACUGUAACUUGCUUUUCAGUGUUGAUAUUUGUAGGCCAUAAAGUGCCAUCAAACAUAUACUGUAUGAUUUAUGAAUUAUACUGUGUGCGUGCGUGCUUGUUUUGUGGUGUGUGUGUGUGUGUGUUUGGGGCUCAGGUGCGCAGUCUGAAAUUGGAGCAGGAGGUGGAGAAGAAUAAGAUUCUGUCUGAAGCGUUACAGACUCUGGCUACAGAGCACCAUGAACUAGAGCAGUCCGUUGUCAAGGGCUCCUCUCCGCAGGGCGCACUCAGUGAGGAUGACUUCCACGACGCUGUGUCUGGUGAGUAUGGCUUGUUUUUAUUUUACGAUCGGAUUGGAAUUGAAGUGGGAGAGCUUGUCUCACCUGUUUGACACUAUGAUUAUUUUCUUGAUACCUUUAGCUGUUCAUGUAUUUUACGGUCUAUGUGUUUACAUGUUGUGCUAAGAUGACUUGUUUGUUUGAAUGUAAUGUGUGCACCAAUUUAGUUGCAAUUGAGCAAUGCCUAAAUUCCUACAAAGUACUAUUCAACUUUGAAAAUGCUUAUAACAGUCCUUUACAAGAUGGCCUGUGAUAAUAGUUAGGAUGAUUUUUGUAAUGAUCGAUUGAGUGAUGCCUUCAGCUUUCAUCUGUUGGUUCAGGGCUCUUUAAAUGCAACUCUAUCCACAGAUCAGGUGUCUUCCCUCAGGGCUUUAGUGAGGCUCAGGGAAAAGUGUCAGUUGCCAAUAGCGACACACAGUCAUUCAUAGCACUGUAACUCAUAUUUCCAGUCCCUGCCUUUACAACAUGCCUGCUUACACCUUUCCCUCUCAGACUCGGAAUCGGAGCACUCUCUGAGCGGCUUUGAGACGGUGGCCAGCCAUUCGUUCGACGAGGACGAGGAAGGAUCUGUCCUGUUCAGCAGCGAGCGUAGCAGCCUCACCAACAUGUCUCGAGAGGAUCACCAUAGGAAUGAGGAUGAGUCCCAACCCAAUGGGAUCGUGAGGCACAGGUGAGCUGAGCCAGGUGCCCCCCCGACACACCCCUCCUACCCACCCAGCUUCUAUCCCAUCCACCCUACAUCCAAGCACACAUAGACAAGGGUCCUGUUUACAUUACACAGCUGUUUUAGCUAGAAGGUAGAAGCUUCCGAUUUGGAUUAAACCUGGAAAGAAAAGUCACUUUGCCUCUUUGCACAAUACCUUACCAUAUAGUCAUAUUUUUCUUGUUUGUUAAUUCAACUUUUGUCCCUCCCUUUCUGUUUGAGAGAAUCCCUUGCUGUUCUAAAAAGGCCUUGAACAGUGGCAAAGGCAAAGAAACAUUCUGUGGUUAAUGCACUCUCUUACUUUAGACCAGUGUUGAAAAUGAGUGGUUCUUAGGACUAACUCAAUACAGAGGUGGAGUUUCUUCCAGCUCCUAAAACUAAGUCUUGUUCUUUAGUCUUGUAUUUACCUUACUGCUUGUUUACUUGUUGUGUUCCUAGACUGCCAGGCUCAUACCUAUAGGGUAUUUUUAGGGUUUUCCCUGUUCCUGCCAAGUCAGAGUCAGUGUGAAUAAUUUAGCGAGCCAGGCAGGAGAAAGGCUCUCAUUGAGAAGGCCGAGCACUGUGUAGGACCAGUUAAACAUUGAGGUCACAAUGUAAUGCAAUAAUCGGAACUCGGCAGGAUCCUAUGUACACUGAUCCCUUCAGUCUGGAGGCUGAUCAGGGUGUAGGAGUGGAGGCCAGGUUUUUGGGAUGGCCAUUAAUUGUAUUGCUUUUUCCACUCAGUCUCAUUCAUUGUCUCAAAGAAAAUAAACAUGAAAAAACAACCUGUGGUGGUUGAAUUAGCCAAACCCAACCAGACUGGCAGUUAGGAAGUGAAUCAAAUAGCAUAUUCACUAAAUGGGAUGUGUGAACUAGCGUAUCCACAGGUUUUUAUCUUCUUUACCUGUCUUUGUGUGAGCAAGAGUUUAUGUUGAAUGUAGGUGUUCAUGUGAAUGCAGGCGCCUACAUGUACAUGUGUUGGUCAAAUUACUCUAACCUUAAAUAGAGUAGCAGUGAAGGCCUCAAGGAGCAGAUAUUUCCACGGCUGGCUACUGGACACCUUUUAUAUACCUGGGCCUUGGUCCAAUAUGUCCGCUCUACACGUGCUUGAAACUUAACUGAAGGCUUUUGUUGCACUCAUCAGACUAUAUUCGCCUGAAUAAGAUAUGACUCCUGCAUUAGAUAUAUAGCAUCUGUUACAUGUCUGGCACGUCUAAUCGAAUGAAAUGCAGAUCACUGCACGAUAAGGGUAGAGUCAAAGUCAACAGAGCACAUAGUGAUACUUGUGUCAUUUGUACAUUUACCUUAUUUUAUGUGUGUGUCUGUGUAUGGAUGUCCCUCACUCCAGAACAAGUUUACCAGCACCCAUGUUCUCCAGAAAUGACUUUAGCAUCUGGAGUAUCCUGAGGAAAUGCAUUGGCAUGGUGAGCUACCAACCAGCACUCUGCUUUAUUGUUCCUCUCCAAACCCCUGUAACAUGAUGAAUAAUAGGAACCUUCCUCUUAAAGCAUGGCCAUAAUAGUCCCUGUAAUGUAGCUCAGUCACUCCUAUACUGAUGUUUUGUGCAGUAUGUAACGUACAUCUAUACAACUCUGUGUGGCUUUUCUUUAGCUACGGCUUAGAGCAUGUACAGGCUCUAACAUGUCGUAAUCCUGAUGUGGAAUGUGGUUCAGUAGCCGGGGAAGGUAAUAUAUAGUGCCUUCAGAAAGUUUUCAGACCCCUUGACUUUUUCCACAUUUUGUUACUUUACAACCUUAUUCUAUAAUGGAUUUAAAUGGUUCCCCCCCCCCCCCCCCCCCCCCUCAUCAAUCUACACACAAUACCCCGUAAUGACAGAGCAAAAACAGGUUUUUACAAAUGUUUGCAAAUCUAUAAAACAACUGAAAUAUUAAAUGUACAUAAGUAUUCAGACCCUUUACUUAGUACUUUGUUGUAGCACCUUUGGCAGCGAUUACAGCCUCAAAUCUUCUUGGGUAUGACGUUACCAGCUUGGCACACCCUUAUUUUGGGAGUUUCUCCCAUUCUUCUCUGCAGAUCCUCUCAAGCUCUGUCAGGUUGGAUGGGGAUAGUCUUUCAUCAAGGAUCUCUCUCUGUACUUUGCUCUGUUCAUCUUUGCCUCGAUCCAGACUAGUCUCCCAGUCCCUACCACUGAAAAACAUCCCCAUAGCAUGAUGCUUCCACCACCAUGCUUCACCGUAGGGAUGGUGUCAGGUUUCUUCCAGGCAUGACGCUUGGCAUUCAGGCCAAAGAGUUCAAUCUUGGUUUCAGCAGACCAGAGAAUCUUGUUUCACAUGGUCUAAGAGUCUUUAGGUGCCUUUUGGCAAACUCCAAGCCGGCUGUCAUGUGCCUUUUACUGAGGAGUGGCUUCCGUCUGGCCACUCUACCAUAAAGGCCUGAUUGGUUGAGUGCUGCAGAGACGGUUGUCCUUCUGGAAGGUUCUCCCAUCUCCACAGAGUGACCAUUGGGUUCUUGGUCAUCUCCCUGACCAAGGCCCUUCUCCCCCGAUUGCUCAGUUUGGUGUCUUGGUGGUUCCAAACUUCUUCUAUUUAAGAAUGAUGGAGGUCACUGUGUUCUUGGGGACCUUCAAUGCUGCAGAAAUUUUUUGGUACCCUUCCCCAGAUCUGUGCCUCGACACAAUCUUGUCUCGGAGCUCUACGGACCAUUCCUUCGACCUCAUGGCUUGGUUUUUGCUCUGACAUGCACUGUCAAAUAUGGGACCUUAUAUAGACAGGUGUGUGCCUUCAACUGUGGAACCUUAUAUAGACAGGUGGACUCCAAUCAAGUUGUAGAAACAUCUCAAGGAUGAACAAUGGAAAUAGGAUGCACCUGAGCUCAAUUUCGAGUCUCAUAGCAAAGGGUCUGAAUACUUAUGUAAAUAAGGUAUUUCUGUUUUUUAUUUGUAAUACAUUUGCAAAAAUUUCUAAACCUGUUUUCACUUUGUCAUUAUGGGGUAUUGUGUGAAGAUUGCUGAGGAAUUUUCUUUAUUUAAUAAGGCUGUAACGUAACAAAAUGUGGAAAAAGUCAAGGGGUCAGAAUACUUUCCGAAGGCAGAACCCUAGUAUGAAAACUAAUCCUGGUCAAUGUUUGGCCAUGGCCCAGAACUGUAAGUGAUUAAAUGUCAGUGCUUCAGCUUUUCUUGGUUCUGUGUGGACUAAUUGAUGCUCUGAGUAGGAUUUGUGUGUGAAUUUUACAUUUCAUUAUUUCGCUAUAGCUUGUCAUGCUAUGAUGAGCCUAUGGGAUGUUUGAGUUAUGCCACAUUUCCAUGGUGAAUUGCAUAACUACUCAUUCCUCAUUCCAAUAUACUUUUUAUUAUUUAAUGGUUGAAAGAUAGGAAUCACAUAGUACAACUACUUGUGAGCUGACUUGUGCUCUCUCGUUUUCUCUUUCUUUCUCUUGUUCUCUCUCUUUUAGGAGCUGUCUAAGAUUACCAUGCCAGUGAUUUUUAAUGAGCCCCUGAGCUUCCUGCAGCGUCUGACAGAGUACAUGGAGCACACGUAUCUCAUCCACCAGGCCAAUGCCUCCUCUGACUCCAUAGAGAGGAUGAAGGUACACACAAGAGAAAUGAUCUGGAACAUGGGUUUGAUUAUUGAUUUAUUUUUGGUCAACUUUUUUUGUCCACUUGAAUUGAGAGCGACAAGAUUAGAAACAUAUUGUAUAACACACAUACUGCAUGUAGAAAGAAAAUGGUAAAGAAAAGUCCAUGUGUCCAGAAAGGUCCAUACAUCUCUACAUCAAGUCAUCUGUUUUGCAUUGGCAGUGUGUGGCAGCGUUUGCUGUGUCUGCUGUGGCUUCUCAGUGGGAGAGAACUGGAAAACCCUUCAACCCGCUACUGGGAGAGACCUACGAACUGGUCAGGUAAGAGUGAGGGAGAUGGAGGGAGGAGUACAUCUCUAGCACUGGUGAUUUAUUUGGAUGAUGAGAAGUGUUGAGCCAGCCAUUUUACAGCAUGGGUUACUACUCUUACCCUCACAAUCCCCACCCUUUUCUCUGGCAGAGAAGACCUGGGGUUCAGGUUGAUCUCAGAGCAGGUGAGCCACCACCCACCAGUCAGUGCGUUCCACGCUGAAGGCCUGAAGAAAGAUUUUGUGUUCCACGGCUCCAUCUACCCCAAACUCAAGUUCUGGGGCAAGAGCGUGGAGGCUGAACCCAAAGGCAUCAUCACACUGGAGCUGCCCAAGUAAGCCUGCUCAUUCAUGCACUGUAACAUUCACACAACAUUCAAACAACACAACAGUUAAUGUGUGAUGUUUUCUUAUGUUGUCUGUGUGAAACCAAAAUGUAUUGUUCAAAGAUAUGUUGUUUUAAAGUUAUUAUUUGUACUUCCAGGUAUAAUGAGGCCUACACAUGGACAAACCCUACAUGUUGCGUCCACAAUAUCAUUGUGGGGCAGCUGUGGAUUGAGCAGUAUGGCAACUUGGAGGUGCUUAACCACAAGUAAGGGAAACACUCUCACAUGUUUAGACUAAGAUAGGAAGUGCAAUGUGUGAAUGAGGAAGUAUGACAAUGAAAAAGAAAAUUAUUUGAUGGUAUUUCUGCUUUUUUUUCACAGAACUGGAGAAAGAUGCUGUCUGAAUUUCAAACCCUGUGGCCUUUUUGGCAAGGAAUUGCACAAAGUUGAAGGCUACAUUCUGGACAAAAGGUAUGAUUUUAAUGUUGUAGCGGCUUUGAUUUCGCCAGCCUAUUAAAGUACCUCACGUUUUUCAUAUAUUUCUCCAGCAUGUUGCCAUAUUGACGGAAGUCAGUGUUUGAACCGACAGUAUUUGUGUUUUUGCACAGCAAAAAGAAGGUCUGUUCUCUCUAUGGCAAGUGGACAGAGUGUAUGUACAUAGUGGAUUCUGCUGCAUUGGAGGCACAUAAGAGAAGUGGGAAGGGGACAGAGGAAAAGAAAAGCAGCAAACAGGUGUGUAUACCCCAUAAACUCAUGUAAUCCAUUACAUGGCAAACACAUGCUUUGAGUUCUCCAUUCCUGAGGGUUUUUGUUACUGCCAAUAAUUUAAUGUGCUGGGGUGUCAAGUUAAACAUGUUGAAAGUGUAAAAUGUAAAAAAAUAUAUACUGUGCUAUGUGACACCUCUUACAGUUGUAGGUAGAAGAGCUUCAUUGGAGUGCUCCUCUCGUGUUCCUGUAUUGUAUUAGAUUUUUUGAUGUACUUUAUGAAAUUGUAUAUGCAGGGCUCCCUCGUAAAAGAGACCCUGGUCUCAAUGGUGUCUCCCUGAUUAAAUAAAGAUAAAUACAUUUGUGCUGUUGUCCAGGGGUCUGGUGAGGAGGCGGAGGAGAUCCCCUUACCAGAGGCUGACACCGUAGAGGUGAUCCCAGGCAGCCAGCUCCUGUGGAGGAUAGCCCCAAGACCAGAAAACUCAACAGAGGUUAGACACAUAGGAAAACACUCCUGUUUAGAUGGAUGGUGUAUUCAAGCACAUAAAGAUGCAGAUGCUUAGAAACCUCAAGAUCAUAAAGCAUCAUUUUACAGUCUUCAUGGCUUUGUAUUUAAAUAUUCAGUCCUGGAAACAGUUUUUUUGUGUGUAUUUGUAGAUGUAUAGCUUCACGUCGUUUGCCAUGCAACUGAAUGAGCUGGAUAAGGAUAUGGAGGGGCUCAUCCCAAAGACAGACUGCAGGCUGAGGCCAGACAUACGAGCCAUGGAGAACGGAGAUAUUGGUAAGAAUCAUGAUACAUGCUUGUGUCUCAUCUGCAAACACUUAGUAUCCUUGAACGCAGAAAUCAAAUCAAAGUUUAUUGGUCGCGUACACAGAUUUGCAGAUGUUAUCGCAGGCGCAGUGAAAUGCUUAUGUCUCUAGCUCCAACAGUGCAGCUAUAUCUAGGAAUACAAUAACAAUACACACACAAUACAAAAGUUAAAAAAAGGGACAUAUCAGAACGAGCAAUAUCAGAGUCCAGAAUAUAUACAGUUGAAGUCGGAAGUUUACAUACACCUUAGCCAAAGACAUUUAAACUCAGUUUUUCACAAUUCCUGACAUUUAAUCCUAGUAAAAAUUCCCUGUCUUAGGUCAGUUAGGAUCACAACUUUAUUUUAAGAAUGUGAAAUGUUAGAAUAACAGUAGAGAGAAUUAUUUAUUUCAGCUUUUAUUUCUUUCAUCACAUUCCCUGUGGGUCAAUUAGUAUUUUUUUAGUAUUGCCUUUAAAUUGUUUAACUUGGGUCAAAAGUUUCGGGUCGCCUUCCACAAGCUUCCCACAAUAAGUUGGGUGAAUUUUGGCCCAUUCCUCCUGACAGAGCUGGUGUAACUGAGUCAGGUUUGUAGGCCUCCUUGCUCGCACACGCUUUUUCAGUUCUGCCCACACAUUUUCUAUAGGAUUGAGGUCAGGGCUUUGUGAUGGCCACUCUAAUACCUUGACUUUGUUGUCCUUAAGCCAUUUUGCCACAACUUUGGAAGCAUGCUUGGGGUCAUUGACCAUUUGGAAGACCCAUUUGUGACCAAGCUUUAACUUCCUGACUGAUGUCUUGAGAUGUUGCUUCAAUAUAACCACAUAGUUUUCCUUCCUCAUGAUGCCAGCUAUUUUGUGAAGUGCACCAUUCCCUCCUGCAGGAAAGCACCCCCACAGCAUGAUGCUGCCACCCCCGUGCUUCACGGUUGGGAUGGUGUUCUUCGGCUUGCAAGCACCCCCGUUUUCCUCCGAACUUAAAAAUGGUCAUUAUGGCCAAACAGUUCUAUUUUUGUUACAUCAGACCAGAGGACAUUUCUCCAAAGAGUACGAUCUUUGUCCCCAUGUGCAGUUGCAAACCGUAGUCUGGCUUUUUUUAUGGCGGUUUUGGAGCAGUGGCUUCUUCCUUGCUGAGCGGCCUUUCCAGGUUAUGUCGAUAUAGGACUCAUUUUACUGUGGAUAUAGAUAAUUUUGUACCUGUUUCCUCCAGCAUCUUCACAAGGUCCUUUGCUGUUGUUCUGGGAUUGAUUUGCACUUUUCGCACCAAAGUACGUUCAUCUCUAGGAGACAGAACGCGUCUCCUUCCUGAGCGAUAUGACGGCUGCGUGGUCCCAUGGUGUUUAUACUUGCGUACUAUUGUUUGUACAAAUGAACGUGGUACCUUCAGGCGUUUGGAAAUUGCUCCCAAUUAUGAACCUGACUUGUGGAGGUCUAUUUUUUCUGAUGUCUUGGAUGAUUUCUUUUGAUUUUCCCAUGAUGUCAAGCAAAGAGGCACUGAGUUUGAAGGUAGGCCUUGAAAUACAUCCAUAGGUACACCUCCAAUUGACUCAAAUGAUGUCAAUUAGCCUAUCAGAAGCUUCUAAAGCCAUGACCUCAUUUUCUGCAAUUUUCCAAGCUGUUUAAAGGCACAGUCAACUUAGUGUAUGUAAACUUCUGAUCCACUGGAAUUGUGAUACAGUGAAUUAUAAGUGAAAUAAUCUGUUUGUAAACAAUUGUUGGAAAAAUUAUUUGUGUCAUGCACAAAGUAAAUGUCUUAACCGACUUGUCAAAACUAUAGUUUGUUAACAAGAAAAUUGUGGAGUGGUUGAAAAACAAGUUUUAAUGACUCAAACCUAAGUGUAUGUGAACUUCUGAAUUCAACUGUAUGUAUAUAAAUGGUAUGUUUUUUAUUAUUAUUUCAUUUAACCUUUAUUUAACUAGGCAAGUCAAUUAAGAACACAUUUUUAUUUACAAUGACAGCCUACCAAGAGGCAAAAGGCCUACAGCUGGGACAGGGGCUGGAAUACAUUUUUUAAAUGUAGGACAAAACAAACAUCAUGACAAGAAACACCACGACACUCCAUAAAGAGAGACUUAAGAGAACACAGCAUGGUAGCAACACAACAUGACAGCAACACAACAUGACAACAACACGGUAGCAACACAUCAUGGCACCAGCACAACAUGGUAGCAGCACAGACAUGGUACAAACCUUGUUCGGCACAGACAACAGUACAAAACGCAAAAAAGUAGAGACAACAAUGCAUAUACUGUGUAUAGACCAUGUGAAAAGAAAAGGUGUGUACAGCAGUAGUUAAAUAAGAUGAGCCAUGACUAGAAUACAGUAUAUACAUAUAAAGUGGGUAAAACAGUAUGUAAACAUUAUUAAAGUGACCAGUGUUCAAUGACUAUGUACAUAGGGCAGCAGUCUCUAAGGUGCAGGGUAGAGUACCAGGUGGUAGCCGGCUAGUGACGGUGUCUAAGGUUCAGGGCAGGAUACCGGGCGGAGGCCAGCUAGUGAUGACUGUUUAACAGUCUGAUGGCCUGGAGAUCGAAGCUGUUUAACGGUUUCUCGGUCCCAGCUCUGAUGCACCUGUACUGUCUCCGCCUUCUAGAUGGUAGCGGGGUGAACAGGCCGUGGCUCGAGUGGCUGAGGUCGUUGAUGAUCUUCUUGGCCUUCCUGUGAGACCUGGUGCUGUAGAUUUUGCACUGGGUGCACAGUUGAUCAAAAGGUAGACCAGUGAAAACCCCUUACGUUUUCUCCAUGUAGAUCUUGCAAGUGAGGAGAAGAAGAGGCUAGAAGAGAAACAGAGAGCUGCACGCAAAACCCGUUCCAAAUCUGAUGACGAGUGGAAAACAAAGUAAGACUAUGAGAGAAAUACUUAUGUUUUGACAAUUGAAUUUGUUAUAUUCUCGAUGUAUUGUAUACCAAUACACCAAUAUUUGUAUAUAAAAUCAACUGUAUUUUAACUUUUUAUAGGGUUUCCCUUUGUUUAAUACAUUUCUCUUUUGGUAUCUUGUUUACUACUUUAUACUAAUGCAAAGUCCUACUUUUCUCUUCCAUUGUCUUGUUCUCUGUAUUGCACCUUUGCUUUGACUUGAAGAAACCCUGCCCUUGGCCCCAGGUUUGAGUUGCUUGCUCUUCUAUGGUGUGCCUUACGUAUGCGCUCCACUGUCAAACUGUUGUGUGGUAGCGCCAUCUACUGGUGCUAAUAUAUACUGUGCAUGCAUUAGUUCUGAUCUCUGAAAUUCAGUUAGUGGCCCAAAUGAAAAUAAUUGCAUACUGGCCAUUUAUUACACAUAACCAAUGCAUGAUUAUCUUUUUAGACAUACUGUUUUUUCACUUAUGCAUUGCUAAAUGUUAUGUAGAUACUAACUCUCAUUCAUUAAAUUACAUUAUGCUCACUGUAUCGCUUCUGCAUCACCAGGUGGUUUCACCAGGGUCAGAAUCCCCACAACGGCUCCGAGGACUGGUUGUUCUCCACUGGAUACUGGGACCGCAACUAUUCCCUAUUACCUGAUAUUUAUUAAUGGACAUUCCUUGAAUAGUGAGAUUGAUUCUUAUCCACGUCAACUUCCUUAUCUAUUAUGUGAUUCCAUUCCACUAAUUCAUUUUUUAGACCAGUUAAUUACAGCCAAUAUGCAAAUAGGAGAUUAAUACAAUAAAGCCUUAAUUUAUUACAAUUAAUAUACUGUAUAUGAAAAUAGCAAUAAUUGAUGUAUUUGUAAUACAAAAUGUUCAGCUGUUAAACAUGCUUAAAAAUUUAGCAUUCGGUCACAUUUUUCAUGCAGCCAUCAUUUUAGAGAACUAUUACUUUUUAGCAUAAAUGGACCUGUGUAUUCACUCCAUUGUAGCUUGGUUGACAGGGGUUCAUGAUUUGAAUCGCUGUUUUGUUUUAACUCUUCAUGAUGCAGUGUUUUGAUUGUAUAUGCUUUGAUCUAUCAUACAGUAUUCUAUUUGCACAAUCCUACAACCUUGGCACUUUAGGAACAUACAGUGUCCACACAAUCUGUUGCUCUUAAUGUAAUGUACAGCUGUUUUGUGUUAACAACUUCAUUAAAUGUUUGUUACAAAAAAUAACUGCACUCACACAUAUGUACAUAUUCUCAGUGGUUGGGAUUUUUUAGUUUAUAACACUUGCGUUACUGAUAUUUUAGUAUUAUCCCCCAGCUCAACUGUUACUGAUCCUCAUUCCGAUGACCUUUUUUAGUCCAUCAAUGCUCACAUUAAUUUGUGAUGUCACUGAUUGACUGACUGAUGCAUAACACCGUGGGUUGUUAAGACUUUGAUAUGAACAUCAUGGUCUAUUGCGCCAUUGAUUGUAGGGGGAGGGGGGAAUACUGGUACUAUGCUUACUAUUGAAUGUUACAACGCCGCUUAGAUAAUUAUGAUCAACACUACUUCAAAGUCUGCUCAUGACAAUCAUUGCGGGAGAAAAUUAACUCAAGGGCACACUUCUCUACAGGUUAUGGUAGUUACAUGUUUUAUGCACAAAUCCCUUCCAUACAAUUUUUCAGAGCAGUAAGCUACGCACUCGGCUAUGCAACUAUCUGAAGGGAUGCUGUAUGGAAAAUAUUAAGAGGUUUAUCCCUGUCUAGCUAUGCUCUAACAGCUGUCCUUUUUACAUUCUUCUUUUCAACUGUGAAGAGAUCCUAUGGGUCAUAAGAGAAUAAUCUAAGUUCUGGACUGUUGAUAUGUCGUUUAACAAUAGGGCUAGUGUAUGGUUAUGAGAUCUUGUAUCAUGGUUAUAGGAAAAAAAAAACUUUAACAAGGUAUCUGGUACUUUGAGGUUCUGAGAAAAUGUAUGGAGAGGUAGUACAAUCCAAUUAUUAACCUGACCCUUUAACUUUGUAAAUAAUGAGUAUAAUAAAAUAACUAUGUAACUUCUAAAUGAAAA